UCCGUUAGUCAAGGUGGAGGAUGGGAGCAGAAUGGAAUUGUCCCAGCUCCUCAAUGAGAUCAGGGCAACUUAUGAAAUGCUCAUCACCAGAAAUCAGAUAGAGACCAUCCUCUCAACAAGAACCCAGACCCGAAUUCAAGAAUUUUUCCCUCAGUAAGAGCUGAUGUCAUAACAAGAACCUAUGGUAAAGCAGUAAAGUGCGCGAAGGAAAAUGUUCUGCUUCAGGUGCUUGUGAUGUCACCAAUGCUUGCAGGCAAAACUCAGAAAUGUGAAAGGAACCCUAAUUAUCAUUAUCAUAAUAAACACUACCUAGAAGAAGCUACAAGUGAAAAAAUGGACAAAGAUGAAGAAGAUUUAAAGGCAGCCAGAGCAGAGCUCAGUGAAGCCAGGCGACAGUGGCAUCGUAUGCAAAUUGAAAUUGAAUCUCUCCAGGCUGUGGAAAGAGGAUUGGAAAGUUGUCUGCAUGCCACUGAGCAGCAGUACCAGCUGCAACUGCAGAAUUUAAAAACUGAGAUUGAAGGUUUAGAGAAGGAGCUACAGCAAGUGAGGAGAGGUAUUGAGGAACAGCUUCAGGAGCAUGAAAUACUACUGAACACUAAGAUGAGGCUGGAACAGGAGAUAGCAACAUAUCGCAGUUUGCUGGAGAAAGAGGAAAACAGGUUUCAUUGUUCUACACAUGAUAGAAAAGAUGACAGAAAACCUACCACCAGCAAGAUAGCUUUUAUCCCACCUUCAACUGGUGCCAUAAAGAAGCAUGAAGAUGAAAAGGUGGAAAAAUUGACAAAGCAAGCAAUCUUAAAUGGAAGCUUUGUGAAGGAAAGUGCUGAAGCUCAUGGCACUAUACAGACAGAAAAAGUGGAUGAAGUUAUUAAAGAAUGGGAAGGAUCUUUCUUUAAGGACAAUCCUCAUUUAAGGAAAAAAUCUGUUUCUUUGCGCUUUGAUCUCCACCUAGCAGCAACAGAUGAUGGAUGUUUACAGACUAAACAGAAUAACCCACCUGACAUUGAAGUCAGGCUGGUAAUGAGGAGAUCUUGCAGUAUUCCAUCUAUCAAACCUUAACCUGCAGCAAACUAACUCAUGGGUCAUUUAUGAUGGGCUUUGGAAAUAAACAACAUUAGGACAGAUGUAGAUGGACCACAUGGCUUCCCCUCAUCUUGUCACAACUAUGAAAUGUUACUAAGUAUAUGCUUUAAUAAAUAUAUGAAUAAUGUGAGAUUGUCUUAAAUGAAAGACAGCUGGGUAUAGGUGUUAUAUUUCAAGAAACCUAACUCCGAUUAGUUCUUUACUCUUUGUUCAUUAAUUUUCUCAUUUGUUUUUUCCAAAACCUUGGUUUGCUUUGUAGAAUUUCGUCAAAUAUUUAAGAAUUGAACUAUACCUUUAUACCUUUAUGUUACUUUUGUAACAAAGAAUCUGUUUUCUCUUUUCAGUUAAUGAAAACUGAACAUUUUAUUUCCUUAUUCUUCAAUAUAACAGUCAUUAUGUAUCCUUAUAUCACUUAUAACACAAAAGUAUCAUACUGGAUGGUACACAUCUAAAACCAUUUCUUUUAACUGACAAAAGGUAAAUGCAUAAAAACUCUUAAAGUAUGUAAACUAUUACAAAUAAUUACAAAUAAAUUUUCCUUUAAAAGGAAAUGGCUAAUUUUUUUUAAUUUGAGAAAGUAACCCAUCUAAAAUAGUGUUUUCUCCAGUGCAUCCAUACACAUAUUCCUUAAAACCGGUUUUACAAGGAAAUAAUAUUGAGAGAUAUCAUGCCAUUGAUUUUUAAGGAGAAUUCUCCAUUAAAAUCAAUUCAGGGUUUUACUUUAAAACUGAAGUUAUGAUAUAGGCCAUUGAGGUUACUACAUGUAUAGGUUUCCCUCUCUGAGUUCUAGUGAAAUAUAAAGGGUGAAAUCCGACUGCUCUGUAGUCAAUAGAAGAUUUGCAACUGACUUCACUGAGGCCAGGAUUUCAGCUGAUGUGAAAUACAAAAUACUAGACCUAGUCCCACAAGCCCUCCAUGCAUGAUAUUUCAUGACUUCAGUGGAAGUUCCACACAUAGAAGUCUUGUAGGAUCAGCUCCAUUGUGUUACUAGAAAGACAGGUAAGGAACCUGUUUCUAUGCUUAUUUCAUUUAAAUUAAUAUGAUUAAAAGCAGCAUUUUUCUUCUGCAUAGUAAACUUUCAAAGCUGCAUUAAAUCAAUGUUUAGUUGUAAGUUUUUGAAAGAACAGACAUAAUGUUUUGUUCCGAGUUACGAACAUCCCCCAUUCCUGAGGUGUUCGUAACUCUGAGGUUCUACUGUAUUGGCAUUAUAUAAAUAUAAACUGAAAAAUCCUAGAACUGCUUCUCCCUCCUGGUUAAUAUAUCUGUAUUAUCAUCUGAGCAAUAAGUAUAAUAGUUCCUUGAAGCUGUUAAAAAUUUAGCCAUCCCACAAUUUUGAAAACAGUUAUUUCCAUACAUUUCCAGAUGUUACGGUAAGUGUUUAAUUAAAGUAAUUUGUAUAAAAUCCUCUUUAAAAAGUAAUUUAUGUUAUUGUCUUACAGUAUAUGGCACAUCAUUAUUAUACCUGGGCUUAUUUACUGUAUAUUUAAUUAAAUUAACCAAAUAAGGACUACAAAUUUAAAUAAAAAAAUGUUACUAUACCUUUUAUGGUAUCUUCCACUGCUAAUUCAAAGCCGUGUGGGCCAACCUCAGCUACAUUAGAUAGCUUUCUUUCCACAGGAAAAUAGAAAUACGAACUUAUACAAACAUUUUCUUACUAUACUGUGAAACUAGGUUUAAACAACAUAUAUGUUUAGGUAAGCAUAACAGUUUACUUAUAAAGAAUAUCUAAGGUAUUGACCUUCCAAACUCUAAUUGAAGUUCAUAGGAGCUGCAAGCAUUCAGUAUCUCU